AUGACAAGUGUUCUUCGUGGAGUUUUAAAAACUCAUUUACCAAGAACCUUAACCCUUCCCAGAUGUGCAAGAAAUUUCCAAACAACUACAUUCCUUCGAAAUGAACAAGUCAAGUUGCCUCAAACUUAUGACGAAGAAAAAGUUAUUAUUGAUGAGAUUAACGAAAAUUUGAAACCGGAUGAUUUACAAGCUUCCACUAGAUUAAGAAAUAUUGGGAUUUCAGCUCAUAUUGAUUCUGGUAAAACCACAUUUACUGAACGUGUUUUAUUUUAUACUGGUAGAAUUAAAGCCAUUCAUGAAGUGCGUGGUAAAGAUUCUGUUGGUGCCAAAAUGGAUCAUAUGGAUUUGGAAAGAGAAAAAGGUAUCACUAUUCAAUCUGCUGCCACUUACUGUUCAUGGGAUAAAGAUGAUAAAUCUUAUCAUUUCAAUUUGAUUGAUACCCCGGGUCAUAUUGAUUUCACUAUUGAAGUCGAAAGAGCGUUGAGAGUUUUAGAUGGUGCUGUUUUGGUGGUUUGUGCCGUUGCUGGUGUCCAAUCUCAAACUGUUACUGUUGACCGUCAAAUGCGUAGAUACAAUGUCCCAAGAGUCACUUUUAUUAACAAAAUGGAUCGUAUGGGUGCUAAUCCAUGGAGAGCUAUCGAACAAAUCAAUGCCAAAUUAAAGAUCCCAGCUGCUGCAAUCCAAGUUCCUAUUGGAGCUGAAGAGAACUUACAAGGUGUUGUCAAUAUCAUUGAUCGUGUUGCCUUAUACAAUGAAGGACUGCAAGGUGAAACUAUUAGAAAAGCCGAGAUUCCUGAAGAUUUGAAAGAAUUGGUUGAAGAAAAAAGAGCCCUUUUGAUCGAAACUUUAGCCGAUGUUGAUGAAGAAAUGGCCGAUAUUUAUUUGGAAGGUGAAGAACCAACCGUUGAACAAAUCAAAAGUGCUAUUAGACGUGCCACUAUUGGUAGAAAGUUUACCCCAGUCUUGAUGGGUUCUGCCUUGGCCAACAGGGGUAUUCAAUCAGUUUUGGACUCUGUUGUAGAUUAUUUGCCACAACCAAAUGAAGUUUUAAACACGGGUUUGGAAUUGCAAAAAGAUGGUUCUGAAAAACCAGUUCAUUUGACUCCAUCAUCCAGUGAGCCUUUUGUUGGAUUAGCUUUCAAAUUAGAAGAAGGUCCAUAUGGUCAAUUGACAUAUAUCAGAGUUUACCAAGGUAAAUUGAAAAAAGGUGCUUACAUGACUCACGUUAAGACUGGAAAGAAAGUUAAAGUUUCACGUUUAGUAAGAAUGCACUCCAAUGAUAUGGAAGAUGUCGCUGAAGUUGGCGCUGGAGAAAUCUGUGCCACAUUCGGUAUUGAUUGUGCUUCAGGUGAUACAUUUAUUGGUCAAGGUACCCAACAACAAAUCACCAUGAGUUCGAUGUUUGUUCCUGAAGCUGUUAUAUCUUUAUCUAUUUCGCCAAAGACCAAAGAUAACGGUGCAUUUUCCAAAGCCAUGAACCGAUUCCAAAAAGAAGAUCCUACAUUUAGAGUACAUUAUGAUUCCGAGUCCAAAGAAACUAUCAUUUCCGGUAUGGGUGAAUUGCAUUUGGAAAUUUAUGUUGAAAGAAUCAAACGUGAAUACGGUGUUGACUGUAUUACUGGUAAACCUCAAGUUUCCUACCGUGAAGCUAUUACUGUUCCUUCUGCAUUCGAUUACACACAUAAAAAGCAAUCUGGUGGUGCUGGUCAAUAUGGUAGAGUUAUUGGUGAAAUGAACCCAAUUGAAAGUGAAAACAAAUUUGAAACUCAGAUUAUUGGGGGUAAGAUUCCUGAGAAAUUUUUGUUUGCUUGUAGCAAAGGUUUUGAAGACUGUUUAGAAAAAGGUCCAUUAAUUGGUCACAGAGUGUUGGGUGUCCAUAUGCUCAUUAAUGAUGGUCAAACCCAUGUUGUUGAUUCUUCUGAAUUGGCUUUCAGAACUGCCACCCAUGGUGCAUUCAAGCAAGCUUUCUUAAAUGCUCAACCAGUGAUUUUAGAACCAAUCAUGUCAGUUGAAGUCACCGCACCAAAUGAAUUCCAAGGUAGUGUUGUUGGAUUGAUUAACAAAUUGGGUGGUAUGAUUAACGAUACUGUCAAUGGUCCUGAUGAUUUCACUGUUACCGCUGAAUGUUCUUUGAAUUCAAUGUUCGGAUUCUCAACUUCUUUGAGAGCCUCCACCCAAGGUAAAGGUGAAUUCUCUUUAGAAUUCCUUAAAUAUUCCCCAACUGCCCCACAAGUACAAAAACAAUUAAUUCAAGAGUACCAAAAGGCACAAGCUGCUAAGAAGUAA